UUUGAGGCUUUGAGCAUUCCCCAAAUAAACAUUGAAGUAGCAAGUGACGAAUUUAUCUUGAAUAUAUAAUUAAAGUUCAAAUUUGGUAAUUAAUAUUUUGAAAAGAAAUGAAAAACAGAGUGGUAAAGAGUAAAAGACAAAGAAGUAUACAAAUCCAACGGUCAGAAAACAAUCAGAUUUAGAAAAAAAUCCUAAAGCCAACCACAGAGAAGCCCUCAGCCAUCUCAAUUUGGCAGACAACCUCUGUCGCUUCCUAAAUCUCGAGUUUCCCUCCCCUCCUGGUCUUACGAUCCUAAACCAAACUUUAUCUUUUUCCUUUUUUUAAUCAUUUCACUCGCAACGGUUUUCGAGGUAAGCAGUAAGCAGAGAUUCCAAACCGAGAAGAGACUAAAGAAAAGAAGAAAGAGAAAAGCAGAAGUUGGUGGUAGUGGUGGUGGAGCUCAAAUUCUAUCAACUAAUCUUUCAAUCUCUGCAUUUUGCACUAGUAAAAAGUUGCUUUUGUCUUCUCUCUUUUCCUGUUAAAAAUGGAAAACAACUGUGUAAAAAAGCUGCUUUUUGGCUUCUGCUUCUUCUGUUUGUGUGUGCCAUUGGCUACUGCUUCUGACAGCCUUCUCUCUCCCAAAGGUGUCAACUUUGAAGUGGCGGCAUUGAUGUCGGUGAAGAGAGAUAUGAAGGAUGAGUUGCCUGUGAUGGCCGGUUGGGAUAUAAACUCCGUUGAUCCUUGCACUUGGAACAUGGUUGGUUGCUCCACUGAGGGCUUUGUAAUCUCCCUUGCAAUGGUCAGCACGAAUUUAUCUGGGAUGCUCUCGCCGAGUAUUGGGAACUUGAGUCACCUUCAAACACUGUUGUUACAAAACAAUCAGUUAUCUGGUCCAAUCCCGGCUGAGAUAGGGUGGCUUUCAGAGCUUCAAACUCUUGACCUCUCGGGUAACCAGUUUUCUGGAGACAUUCCGAGCUCUUUGGGGCUUUUGACUCAUCUAAGUUACUUGAGGCUGAAUAGAAAUAAGUUGAGUGGUCAUAUUCCAAAACUUGUUGCCGAUCUCGCAGGUCUUUCAUUCUUAGAUUUAUCGUUUAACAAUCUUAGUGGUCCUACACCAAAAAUACAGGCAAAAGGCUACAGUGUUACAGGCAAUAGCUUUCUUUGCAAUCCUUCAUCACCAGACUCGGCACAAAUCUGCAUCGGUGUCUCCAAACCUAUAAACGGGACAGGUUCACCACAGAAAGUCAGCAGUCACCACCGAUGGGUGCUUUCUGUUGCUCUAGGCAUUAGUUGUACAUUUGUCAUUUCCAUAAUGCUGCUUGUUUUUUGGGUGCAUUGGUUCAGAUCUCGUCAUCUCUUUACAUCUUAUGUGCAGCAAGAUUAUGAAUUUGAUAUUAGUCAAUUGAAGAGGUUCUCCUAUCGAGAAUUGCAAAUUGCUACCGGCAAUUUCAGUUCCAAAAACAUCCUAGGGCAAGGUGGAUAUGGAGUCGUUUAUAAAGGAUGUCUUCCAAAUAGGACAAUGAUAGCAGUUAAGAGACUGAGAGAUCCAAAUUUCACUGGAGAAGUGCAGUUUCAAACUGAAGUUGAAAUGAUUGGCUUGGCUUUGCAUAGAAACCUUUUACGUUUAUAUGGAUUUUGUAUGACUCCAAACGAGAGGUUGCUUAUUUAUCCUUUUAUGCCAAAUGGAAGUGUUGCUGACCGCUUGAGAGAGACUGGUCAAGAAAAACCAUCAUUGGAUUGGAACAGAAGACUCUGUAUCGCCCUUGGGGCAGCCCGUGGACUUCUAUACUUGCAUGAACAGUGUAAUCCAAAAAUUAUUCACAGGGAUGUCAAAGCUGCGAAUAUUUUACUUGACGAAAGUUAUGAAGCUGUGGUUGGGGAUUUUGGUCUUGCCAAGCUUUUAGAUCGGAGGGAAUCACAUGUCACUACUGCAGUGCGGGGCACUGUAGGACACAUAGCCCCGGAGUAUCUCUCAACUGGACAGUCUUCCGAAAAAACUGAUGUUUUUGGAUUCGGCAUACUGCUUCUGGAACUCGUAACCGGCCAAAAGGCAUUAGAUGCUGGAAAUGGUCAAGUUCAGAAGGGAAUGAUUCUUGAUUUGGUUAGAACCCUACAUGAGGAGAAAAGGCUUGAAGUGUUAGUAGACCGAGAUCUUAAAGGAUGUUUCGAUGCAAUCGAACUGGAACAAUGUGUCGAGUUAGCUCUUCAGUGCACUCAAUCAAGCCCCAUCCUCCGACCAAAGAUGUCAGACGUCUUGAAGAUUUUGGAAGGCCUUGUUGGGCAUUCAGGACAUACAGAGGUAUCACAAGGCGGAACCAACCUCUUUGAGGCCAGGGCUCAUGAUUUCUCCAGGACUUGUAGUGAUGUGCGUCAAGAGUCGUCUUUCAUCAUUGAAGCCAUGGAACUUUCAGGACCUCGGUGACAAGAAAAUAUCGAGUUGUAGAUUUAAAGUGCAACUGUAAAUGCAGACGUGGAUUAGGUCAGGUCGCCAGGGCCGUCAUUCCACCCUCUCGCAGCUAAGUUCAAAAGGAAAGUGCAACUGUAAAUGAAUCUUACAUUUUGUUGUUGGGAUAGAGUUGCUAAUUUCCCUUAGAGUUCUUUCCUAAUCAAACUAACAUGAUUACUUACAAAUGAGAACUGGAAUUAAUCUUAAUUUUCUGCGUUUAUUAAAA